AUGGUCGAGGCGCACAUGCCGCCAAAGGGGUCGCUGUGCUGGCACAACUUCGACAACUUUUGCUCUUUGCUCUACUGCAACACCAACGACGAGUAUAUCAAGGAGCGCGAAGUCAGCAACGCCAUCUUGAACGUGUGGCACAAGUGCGCAUCUCACUUAAACUACGACAGUGACGCAUCGUUUGGUCGGAAUGAGCAGGCGCGGCCUAGCUUGUCCAACCAAGUGCGCAUCGUCACGCGGUCCACGAGCACUGGUGCCAAGUGGAAUUGCAUAAAGGACCAGGCGCUAACGUCGGAAACGGGGCAGUCGACCUCGCUGCGACUGUUCCAGGCGGUUUCAUACGCCAAGGCUUGGCGUUGA